AUGAUGUCAUCCCAGCUCCCGCCCAACCAGCUCCCGCCCAACCUAGCUGAAGAUGAUCUUCAUGCGUCCGCUCAAGCUGAACAUCAACCCCAGAUGGCAUCAACUUCCGCCCAGGACUUCAUCUUCAUCGAUCCGAGCAAUCGAUUUCUCCCCAUGCCCACCCGCAAAAAAAAGAGAGUUUUCACUUCUUGCAGACAGUGCCGCAAGAGGCGAUGCGCCUGCUCGCGCGAACUUCCUUGUUUCGCCUGUGUCUCCAGGGGAGAAGGUGAUCAAUGCGAUUGGACAGGUGCAAGUCCUCAAUUCAUCAAGUCCAAAGGUCAAGUCCACCGGGACCACUUCUUGAGCAGGCAAGAGAACCCUGCCCGCCUCAGGAUCCAGCAAGACAUUCAGGCCCUCGACACCCGUGUUGAAUAUCUCCUCGAUCUCGUCAAGCAACACACUCCAUCCUCCACCGCCGCAGUCACCAAACCGGAAAUAGUGCCGGUGACAAAUUAUCAUGUCGACGAUAUUGCAACCCAGCUCAGUCGGUUCACCUUAAACCAAGCCAUACCCCAGCUACCGAUCGAGCGACCCUUGUCAAACCCUAACGCUCAAAUCUCGGUCAAAGAGGUUGAAGAAUAUGCACAAGAGGAAGAAAGGAAAGCCAAGCCCGCCGUGUUCACGUUCAACAUGGGAUCUGGUAGUCCGGUGACUCCACCUGGUUUGAACAAACAGAACCUUGUCUCAUCAUCUACCACCUCGCCGAUUUUGCAAGGUCUGCUUGGCAUUGGAAAAGGUCCCACCACAUUUGAGGGCAUCAUGGCAGAGCUGCCUAAUUGCAUCCAGAUCAAGGCAUGUCUGGAACAGUUUGAAUACCACAGAGCUUGGAUGCACCGGAUCCUUCAUCGUCCCACUUUCUGGGAACAAGUUUAUGACCAAAUCAAGCGCAACUUUUCGUACACGGAUCAGCGAGCCCAAGCACACUGGCUAGCCAUUUUGUUUUCCGUUUGUGGAUUGGGCUUAUUCAAUAACGUCGUCCAAUCAGAGUCGGCUUUGAAGAACUACGAACUGCCCACUUCAGUCAAAGGCCAGCGCGCCUUAGCCUUGCGCUGGUUUAGAGCCGCAACAAGCUGUUUGGAAGUUGGCAAAUUCGAAGCGGCACCCAGUGUCGAUUCAAUAUCUGCCAUGGCAAUCUUGGCUCAGCUUCCUCUGUAUACGUCGAACGGAGAGACGCUGGGAUUGGCGUUGGACUUCAUAGGAAAAGCUAUAGAUCUAUCAAUGAAGAUAGACUUACACAUCGAUCCAGAUUUGCAUCCGAUACAUCAACACGCUACUGCCUUGGCGAAGCAAAAUCGAAGGAGGUUGAUGGUUGCCUUGUUAUGCCAGCAUUAUAAAAUGGGCGGAUUGCUGUGCCAAGAACACGGACUGCGGCCUCUUUCGCAGUUUUCGGGCCUUGAGCUACCGCUUGACCAAUUUGACGAAGACUUCGAUUCAGUUGAUGGCCAUCUGAAGACGCCCCGCGCUCCUCGAUCUACUCACACCAUCAUGACCGGGGUUCGAUGUCGAUUCCAAGUAUCCCGGAUCUCACAAGAAAUCGGCAUCAUGUUCGGCAACCCUGCCGAGCCUCCAACACAUGAAAAAGUCUUGGCCAUCCACAAAAAGCUCAAAGACCUGGAAUUCGAGUGGCCUGAGACCAUACAGACACAGUUCAAUCCAGCGACUUGCGCAUUCACGCCCCCAUUCAAACUGUUACCGACAAGCUCGCCAGGUCGGCAGGUUCUGCUUAUCGAUAGGUUGGGCUGUUUUGCGGUUUUUGCGGCGGCGAUGAUCCGGCUUCACAGAGGCUUCUUGAUGGAAGUUGACGGCGCCCCUAUCGAAGACCUCAAAAUGCAUCGUGAACAGGUCUACUACUAUGGAAGAGCUAUGCUGGCUAUCCAUCGGGCGGAAUUAUUCCCACUUGAUAAUGUACCUAUACAGUUCUUUGUCUUGUCUGCGACAAUAUCCUUGGCCGUUUACUGUUUAACCAACAACUCGAGCGAUGAAGACGAGAAAUGCCACAUUGUGGCAGACGAGCUCAAGAAAGUAAAAAAUGUACUCAAGAAAUGUACUGCUAUGAGCUCAAUCUUGAGAAGAACUUAUGCUGUCCUGGAUUUUGCGUUGAGCAAGUGGGCAAGGAUCAAGAGCUGUACUACGCCUGUUGAUGGUCGACCCCCUAAGCGGGGCAGGUCGGAACCCGACACCGUGUCGAAUGCUCCAGAGAUGACGAAUUUCCCUCCAAAUCAAACUGACAAUCGACCGGCGGCAAAUCCCGAAGAAAAUCUGUUUGAAGGAUCAACAACCGGUGAAUAUACUGGCGAAGAUUCGCGAUUCAUGGAGAACUUAUUGCGGAGCUUACUACAAAAUUCCACAUGGCCAGACCAAUUUGAGCUCAACCAUGAUCUUCCCCAAAAUCUUGGGCCUGCUGCUAGCCUCACCAGCUCGCCAUGUUUUCAAGGAGUUCCACAGACCUUUGAUUUCGGAAAUCUUUUUGAUCUUCAUUCUGCCGAGUCAGCCGCUGCCACUACCAGCACCCCACAACAUACCACCAGUGGAAACAACUCGGAUGGAUCCUCAGCCACCUAUUUAUCUACCCCAUCAUCUGCCACCAACCAGUUACUUUCGUCUAUGUUCAACAAUCAAGAGCUCAAUUCUUCACCCACAUCCUUGAACCCACCGACAACUUCGUUCCCGUUUGGUGUCGGCUUCGACAAUCCCCAAAAUCCUGCCUCGCCAUUCGCAGAAUUGCCUUAUCCGGUCACCCAUCAACCCGUUAUCAACAGCCGGAAUGUUAGUGGCGGUGUGCCUGGCGCCGUUGAUUCUUCUCUUGACGGUAGCUUUAUAAACGGUCAAUUAGCGGCUCGUAAUCUUAGUACUGCCGGCUAUCCUCUUUCUAGUCAAUUUGAUUUGCCGGUCACCAAUAGCAUUACUUGA